GGAAAAAAGUAAAGCCCGGGAAAAGUAAAGCACACGGUUUAACCUCAGAGGCGGCGCUGAAGGUGGAAAAAGAGAAAGCGGUGCAAGCGGGGGUAAUCCUUCUUCCAAUAGCAAGAUAAUCGCCCAUCUGCUCUUUUGCAAUACCUGCCGGUCCGCUUACUUUCAAGAUUAACUCUCCAGAAGGCAGUUUUAAGUUAUUUCUCAUAUUCGGUCAAGUCAUUCUCUCAGGCUGUCUUCUGGGCUCCAUCGGCCCGGACGCACACAGGUUCAGCAGCAUGCAACCAAACCUACUUUGAUAUUAAAGUUAGAAAUGCUCAAGUAUGGAAGAUGUUGAAGAACUACUGGCAUUAUGGAUGCGGAAAAGCCAUGGCAUGACAUCCGAAAUUUAAACAGAAGCAACUUGAGAAUAGUCACUCCAAAGGUGACCCCUGCGAGACGUUAGGAUUUUAAAAUGACAGGUGGAUCAAUAUUUUCAUUUCACGGCAGUAAGACUAAUCAGACUAUGUACUUCUGAACAAAACCCUCUGCUGGAGAUUAUCAUUUAAUCUGUGGUUGAAUCCAUAUGGCGGAUCUGUGAAGAAAUUUGGCCUGAUCCUGCUAUCGGUAUGAAGUAACACCUCACCCCAAGACAUGGGAGCUAUCAUUAGACUGGGCAAUGGAUUUCUAGAAGCAAGUGCCAUGCCAUUAUCGUGUCAGACUUUUAAGAUCUGAAAAAUAACAUGCUUCCUCUCUCAGACCAAGUGAAGCAAGUGGCAAGAAGACAAUUGGUUCAUUCUGUUGAUUAGAAGAGCUUCAGGAACAAUGCCUUCAAAAGUCUCGUGUUUAUAUGUCUUGACAGUUGUAUGUUGGGCAAGUGCUUUGUGGUACUUAAGCAUAACACGUCCCACUUCCUCCUACACCUCAUCUUACACCGUUCAUAAAACUUAUGACAGCAUCUCAAUGGCUCGAAAAAAUGUUUCCUUUGGGAACAUAAGGACUCGACCAAUAAACCCUCAUUCAUUUGAUUUUCUCAUCAAUGAGCCAGACAAGUGUGAGAAGAACGCUCCCUUUCUGGUUAUUCUAAUCAGCACCACACACAAAGAGUUUGAUGCUCGACAAGCUAUCCGGGAGACCUGGGGUGAUGAGAACAACUUCAAAGGCAUUAAGAUUUCCACACUUUUUCUUCUGGGGAAAAACACAGACUCUGUGUUAAACCAGAUGGUGGAGCAAGAAAGUCAAAUUUUUCACGACAUCAUUGUGGAAGACUUCAUUGACUCGUAUCAUAACCUGACCCUGAAAACAUUAAUGGGAAUGAAGUGGGUGGCCACAUUUUGUUCAAAAGCCAAGUAUAUCAUGAAAACAGACAGCGACAUCUUUGUAAAUAUGGACAACCUCAUUUACAAGUUGCUCAAACCGAACACCAAACCAAGACGAAGGUACUUUACUGGCUAUGUCAUCAAUGGAGGACCCAUCAGGGAUGUCCGGAGCAAAUGGUACAUGCCAAGGGACUUGUAUCCUGACAGCAACUAUCCGCCAUUUUGCUCAGGCACAGGCUAUAUUUUUUCUGCCGAUGUAGCAGAAAUGAUUUACAAGACUUCCCUCCAUACUAGACUCCUUCAUCUUGAGGACGUGUAUGUGGGACUCUGUCUGCGGAAGCUUGGCAUCCAUCCUUUCCAAAACAGUGGCUUCAAUCACUGGAAGAUGGCCUACAGCCUGUGCAGAUAUCGGCGUGUUAUUACGGUACAUCAGAUAUCCCCUGAGGAAAUGCACAGGAUUUGGAAUGAUAUGUCCAGCAAGAAGCAUCUCAGAUGUUAGGACUUUUUGAGGUGUAAAUACUUUGGUUCUUGUUAUAUGAAUAGAGAGCAAACAGACAAUGGGGUGUUCACUUCUACGAGGAAAGAAAUCUUAAUAAUAUUUUGGUUAGCUGGUCUCUCCAGCUAUAACUUCUGGUUUACAAACUGCAGGUCCUAACAUAAUGGUAUUAUUCACAUCAGUCCAAACAAACAAGAGGCAUUUGUCUUGUCCAGUCUAUCAAGUGUAUGCAUAAGAAGAUGACUGUAACAAGCAUAACAUAAAAAUUCAUUCCCAUUAAAAAGUCAGAGAGGAACCCUUCUCUAAGGCAAUGGUGGGUCAUUGGUUAUGAGGAAAAUUCAUCCUCACUGAAAUUGAUUUUAAAAAUGCAAACUGAAAUGGUGCCAUGAAAGGCCUCUGUUCCAAAUUAGAUGCCACUUUAUCAUCAAAGUCUAGCUGUCAGUAUAAAGUUCUUGCUAUGACAGGAUUAGGAAUGCAUCUUGUGUAGAUUUUUAUCCAUGCAUCACCCCUUCCAAUGACCCAGCUGUUUUCCUCUAAAUUCAGAUAUGAGGAGCAGUUGAAGUUAUAAAUGGACCAUAGCUAAAAGUAAUUUGUUUUAAAAGUUACUGUUUUAUAUAUAGAAACAUUUCAGUACUUGAACAUUUCAGUACUUGGGUCCCUAUUUCCUCAUUUAAAAAACCUUACGCCCACUUAGCAAAAGUAGGCCCUAUUGAAAUCAACUGGAUCUCCUUUGAUUAACUAUAAACAGUAUGGACAAACCAACAACCACUGGAACAGUGCCAGAGACCCAAAGAGAGGUCUAAUUUUCCCCAGUAAGUUGGGAGAAAGAUUAACUUCAGAAUAGGAAACCUGAGGUUGGAUCAUUCCUACUAUCAUUGUAAAUAACAUCCAAGGCCAGCUGAUCUGGCGUCAAAACUCUUGGAAAUCUUAGACAAGUUUUUUAAAGGAGUUUAAAAGGAGUUGGUCCAUGGAGUGCAGCAAAGGAAUAGAACCUGUAUCUUUUACCACUAUUCCAUCCUGUGGAAGAGGAAAUUUAAAAAUAUGUUGAUACAAACAUCUCUCUCCCUCUCUCUUUCCCUCUCCUAUUGUUUUUCAAAGCAUGGAGAUCACAUACCUUUCCCAGUUGGGUAGGCUACCAUUCCAGAUUAGGUUGCUCUGUCUCCAGUUUAAAAUAUUCUCCAGAAUGUUAGUAGUAUAUAAUUUUCUUCAUUGUAACAACCUUGCCAAAUGCAAGAUCUACUCCUUGCCAUCUAUAAACUAAGGUAUCAAAAGGUAUUGGUAAUAAUGUCAAUUUAGUGAUGAAGAGAUGUUUGAAAACUCACAUAUGUUUAAAUGGGGAAAUUGCUAAAUGCUGUCAUUACUUCCCUUUUAACAAUUGAAGUACUUGCUUUUAAUGUUGUUUACAAAUUUAAAAUCAACGGUGGCACUUUAUUUUCAGGAAUAGUGUUUAAAAAUCAGUAGAAAUGCUGCAUAGCUAAGGAAGGAGUUAA